CUCUGCCCAGGAUGGAGGCCUCAUGUCUGGAGCUGGCCCUGGAAGGUGAGCGGCUGUGUAAGGCAGGAGACUUCAAGGCAGGCGUAGCUUUCUUCGAGGCUGCUGUGCAAGUGGGCACCGAGGACCUGAAGACGCUGAGCGCCAUCUACAGCCAGCUGGGCAAUGCCUACUUCUACCUGAAGGAGUAUGCCCGUGCACUGCAGUUUCACAAACAUGACCUGCUGCUGGCACGGACCAUUGGUGACCGCAUGGGGGAGGCCAAGGCCAGCGGGAACCUGGGCAACACCCUGAAGGUCCUGGGCCGAUUUGAUGAGGCUGUGGUCUGCUGCCAGCGGCACCUGGACAUCGCCCAGGAGCAGGGGGACAAGGUCGGGGAGGCAAGGGCGCUCUACAACAUUGGAAAUGUGUACCACGCCAAGGGCAAGCAACUGUCCUGGAAUGCUGCGCAGGACCCCGGGCACCUGCCACCUGAUGUCCGAGAGACACUACGCAGGGCCUCUGAGUUCUAUGAGAGGAACCUGUCCCUGGUGAAGGAGCUAGGCGAUCGGGCAGCCCAAGGCCGGGCUUAUGGCAACCUGGGUAAUACCCACUACCUGCUGGGCAACUUCACUGAGGCCACAACCUUCCAUAAAGAGCGCCUGGCCAUUGCCAAGGAGUUUGGAGACAAGGCAGCCGAGAGGAGGGCCUACAGCAACCUGGGCAAUGCCCACAUCUUCCUGGGGCGCUUUGACGUGGCUGCUGAGUAUUACAAGAAGACGCUGCAGCUGUCCCGGCAGCUCAGGGACCAGGCAGUGGAAGCACAGGCCUGUUACAGCCUGGGCAACACCUACACGCUGCUGCAGGACUAUGAACGCGCCGCUGAGUACCACCUGCGGCACCUGGUCAUUGCCCAGGAGCUGGCUGACAGGGUGGGAGAGGGUCGGGCGUGCUGGAGCCUGGGGAAUGCCUACGUGUCCAUGGGGAGCCCAGCGCAGGCCCUGACCUUUGCCAAGAAGCACUUGCAGAUCUCCCAGGAGAUUGGGGACCGCAAUGGAGAGCUCACGGCCCGCAUGAAUGUCGCACAGCUGCAGUUGGCACUGGGCCGGCUGACCAGUCCAGCAGCUGCAGAGAAGCCAGACCUGGCUGGCUACGAGGCCCAAGGGGCCAGACCCAAGAGGACACAGAGACUAAGCGCCGAGACCUGGGACCUGCUGCGGCUCCCCCUGGAGCGGGAGCAGAAUGGAGACACCCACCUCGCAGGGGACUCGCGGGGGCCAGGCAGGGACUCGCUUCCCCUUCCCAUGAGGAGCAGGAAGUACCAGGAAGGGCCCGACGCUGCUGAGAGGAGGCCCCGGGAGGGCAGCCACUCCCCGCUGGACAGCGCCGACGUACGGGUGCAGGUGCCUCGUACGAGCAUCCCUAGGGCCCCAUCUUCUGACGAGGAGUGCUUCUUUGAUCUGCUGAGCAAGUUCCAGAGCAGCCGUAUGGACGACCAGCGCUGUCCCCUGGAGGAGGGCCAGGCGGGAGCAGCGGAGGCCACAGCUGCCCCAAUCCCAGAGGAAAGGGCGGGUCAGCCUUCCGUGACAGCCUCACCUCAGACCGAGGAGUUCUUUGACCUCAUCGCCAGUUCCCAGAGCCGCCGGCUGGAUGACCAGCGGGCCAGUGUAGGCAGCCUGCCUGGGCUACGCAUCACCCUCAACAAUGUGGGACACCUCCGAGGUGACGGGGACCCCCAGGAGCCAGGAGAUGAGUUUUUCAACAUGCUUAUCAAGUACCAGUCCUCCAGGAUUGAUGACCAGCGCUGCCCACCACCUGACGUUCUGCCCCGAGGCCCCACCAUGCCAGACGAAGACUUCUUCACCCUCAUCCAGAGGGUACAGGCCAAACGGAUGGAUGAGCAGCGAGUGGACCUCGCCGGGAGCCCAGAGCAGGAGGCCAGUGGGCCGCCUGAGCCUCGGCAGCAGUGCCAACCAGGUGCCAGCUAAGGCCUUGCUCCCACAGCCAGGCCUACCCUACCCCAGUCCCUGGACUCUGGGGGGUUCAUAGUUGUCCACGGUGACCAUGAUUCCCCCAAGAAGCUGAAUCCUCCCAAGGCCAUGGUGGAGAGCCAGUUCAGCCCCCUGGCCCAUGUCACUGAGCCAGACACUGGGCACACAGCCCUCAUGUCACCCCCACCCCAGGGUGGCAAGCUCAGGCCAGAGUUGCCAUGUGGAGGAGGGCAUGCUUCUGUCCCCACGUGAUCCACAGCUUCCUGCAGGUCCUGCCCUGCCCUGCCGUAGGCCCGGCCUUCAGCAUGUUGGCCCCAAGCCCCGGUGCUGUCCAGACCCUUCUUCUCCAGGCUCUGCCCUGCCCUGCCCUGCCAAAUGUGAAAUGCUGCCACCUCCCCAAACCCAAGAGAGGCCUCAAAGACUCUUUCUGGGCGCUAGUGACAUGGCAUGUUCUGUCCCCCAGCUGGUCCUGGGAUGGUCAUGCAGGAGGUACAUUCCACACUCCCUGCCUCAUGGUCCCCAGAGCAGGCCUGUCCUGGCCUCUCUCUGCACCCAACCCAGCUGCAGGAGAUUGGCAGCUGCAAAGCCCAGGCAGCCCUAGCCCUGCACUUGGCCUCUGAGAAAGGUUGGGUCUUAUCUACUGCAGAGGGAUGGGGCAAACCUCCACGCCAAGAGCACGGGCAGGGUCUGGUACUGUAAGCACUGGCUGGCUGUGGGCAUUGGCACUAGAGGGGUCUCUGGACAAGAUCCUCCAGGCCCCCUCAGUGAGCAUCCUCCCCGCUCCACUGGAGAUGACAUCAUGGCCUUCUCCCCAAGGGGUCCAGCUACACAUACCUGAGUCAGACACAGGACACCUAACUUGGGAUGUAGACUCAGGCGAGACCUGAUGGGGCCUCUAUGAGACAGACCCUCGGAGCCAUGAUCUUUACCCUUGCCCCUGGUCCCAGCUACCACCUGCAGAACCUCCUACUGGAGGGCUCUGUAUAGCCUCUCAGUCCUAGGCCUCCUCUCCUGAGGAAGAAAGCCUGGGGCAGGGCCAGGCUCAACAGAGACCCCACUCCUGACAUGAAAAAGCACGCUAAGGGCAGAUGCCAGGGCACAGGGUCUCGGGCGGGAUGUGGUGGCCGCCCGCAUACUUGAAUGUACAUGCGUAUUUACUGCUCACGUGUUUGCCAUGUUGUCCACGGGUCCUUUCCAACCCGACAGGUACGUUUGUUUUUGUUUUACCCAAAAAUAAAGUCUGCCAAGUGA